AUGUCCGCUACGCUCAGCUACGACCUCCUCCUCCGCAUCCUCGAUCACUUCCGCGAUGACCACACCACCCUCUACUCAUAUUCCCUCGUCAACUGGGAAUUCAAUCGCGCAGCCUCGAAAAUACUCUACUCUCGCGCUGUCCUGUCUCCGCCAUUCCAACGCGUGCUCGAUCUGAGAAAUACUGGAAUACCUGUUCAAGUCUUCCGCACCUCCUUGCAGUCAAAACCCUAA